GCGUUUAUCGCGUGAGCUGGCAAAAGAAGUGGGCGCACUUAACCGAGCUUCAACGCCCCUAUCACAGUGUUUCAAUUUUGUAACACCACGUGUUAUGCGUCGCAGCAGCAAGAUCAUGGCGACGACGCUCCUCCACAACCCGAGCUGCUCCAAGUCCCGCGGGGCCCAUGGCCUCCUCGCCGAGUACACGGCCAAGCACGGCCUCCACCUCGACGUCGUCGAGUACCUCCAGGUCGCAUGGACCCGCGCCGACCUCGAAAGCCUCCUGCGCAAACUCGCCUCGACCGAGGCAACGCCACCGCCGACGCUCAUGAUGCGCACGGGCGACGCAGCCUUUCGCGACCAAGGGCUCGACAAGCUCGACCCGAUCGCCGACCGCCUACGCCUCCUCGAUGCCAUGGUCGCGACGCCGAGCCUCAUCGAGCGGCCUAUCUUUGUGCACGGCGCCCGCGCGGUCAUCGGGCGUCCGCCGGACCGUGUCUUGGAGCUCCUUGCAUAAGCAACGUGGCAACAUGUACGCAGGAAUAGAGUCUGUGAUUCAAUCAACCAGGUGAUUAGUCUGAAAGCGACAUGGCCGCCAGCGCUUCGUGGAGCUCGUGGGCGUUCUGGACCGUCGUCGGCGCUGCCUCGUCGCUCUCGAGCCGGCUGCACGUCGCAACGCUCUCGUUCGGG